UCACAGAAAGAGAGGAGGCUGUUUCGUCCCUCCUGCGUAUCGUAAUAGUACAACCCAAUCGGAGGCGUCCCCAAUGGCGGGGACGGUACCAAUGGUGUGAAAGGGGGGGGAGUGUCGCCUCCUGUCUCCUUAUGGUCUCACGAAGGGCUCCUUCUGCAGGGAUUUUCUGAGCAGCAAAAAGGGACUGGGGUGUCGAGGAUGGCAGCUUGGCGUGUGAUAAAAGCGGUCUUGGUGGAUCUCAGUGGUACCCUUCAUAUAGAAGACUCAGCUGUUCCAGGAGCCCAGGAAGCUCUUAAAAAGUUGCGCUCUGCUCCCGUGGCCAUCCGAUUUGUGACGAACACGACAAAGGAGUGCAAGCGGGACCUGCUGGAGAGGCUGAAACAACUUGACUUUGACAUUAAGGAAGACGAGAUCUUCACGUCUCUGACGGCGGCCCGAAAUUUGUUGGAGCAGAAAAAGGUCCGGCCUUUGUUGAUGGUGGAGAAAAAUGCUUUGCAUGAUUUUACAGGCCUAGACACCAGCGACCCAAAUGCUGUAGUGGUUGGGUUGGCUCCUGACCAGUUCAACUAUCAGACUAUGAACAGAGCCUUCAGGUUGAUGCUGGACGGGGCUCCCCUCAUAGCUAUUCACAAGGCCAGGUAUUACAAGAAGAAGGAUGGCCUUGCCCUCGGCCCCGGGCCCUUUGUAACAGGGCUGGAGUACGCCACUGACCAGAAGGCCACAGUAGUGGGGAAGCCAGAGCAGACAUUUUUCCUGGAGGCCUUGCGUGGGACCAACUGUGGACCUGAGGAAGCCAUCAUGAUUGGUGACGACUGCAGGGACGAUGUUGGGGGUGCCCAGAAUGCUGGCAUGCUGGGAAUACUGGUGAAGACUGGGAAAUACCGAGAUGCCGACGAAGGCAAAAUUAACCCACCCCCUUACUUAACCUGCGAGAGCUUUCCCCAUGCCGUGGAACACAUCCUUCAGCAUCUGCUUUGAAGAAGCACUGUCGUUUUUGUGCCACAAAAUGAAAUGGCCCACAGAGCGUUUGGACUUUCUUGGUGCAUUGAUGCUGGAUUCUACUCUUUUGGGGACUGUGAUGGAAUGAAUGUUCUCCCUGUAAAAAUUGCUUCCCACACCCCAAAAAGUUAUCCUCUCCAACAGGAGCCUGUCUUGCUUUGCUCCGUUCCGGGCAGAGGGGAAUUUGUCAGGUCGAAUAAGGAAGGAAAUAUCCUACUCAACCCUUCUAUACCGCUCAGAAUCAACUUGAAAUGCGAGAUGGGUGGCAAAUAAAUUUGACAAUAAUAAUAUAUAUUAGAUUGGCACAUUG